AUGCAGCGACAAACGAGGAACAUCAUCCAGUUGGCGUCGACUCCAGCGCGCCAGCGAGGUGCCUUGACGGUGGCCAACCAAGGCCAAUUGACAAACCAUUUGAGGCGAUACAAUUCGAGCUUGACAAGUCUCAGGUGGAAACAGCUCUUGGUACCAAGCAUCUUCCGAGGCGCCGGAUUGGGCAUUGGCAUUGCCGUUGGCAUUUGUGUAGUUGUUGGCGCCCAAUACCACUAUUCUGGGUGGAAAGAGAAAGUGGAAACCGCUCACAAGACGCUGGAACUUCUGAAUAAGGCUGCUUCGGGAACGGAGAGAGACCACGACGGUCAAAAGAAGCCUAGCCAAUUGCUGAACCUAGCGAGAGAGGCCGUCAAAACAUACUUGGCUGGAGUACCACUUUCUGGUGCUGUGGUGGACCUGGCAUUUGAUUCCGUGGACAGCGCUAUCGACGCUCAUGGAGCUGAAGCGACCGCCAUUAUCUCCAGGAUGGCGAAGGAGAUCGAAUACACCAUAGACGCCCAUAAGACCUGGUCUACUGCCGCUGCACGGGACAUCUAUGGUAUCGUGAACCGGGAAACGAAGAAGUUGCGAGAAUUGGCUGGGAAACCGGAAACUCAAGAGGCUAUUCAAAGUGUCAAGCACGCGGCCGCUGAAAAGGCCCAAACCGGCAUCCAGCAAGCCAAGGCUUGGGGCUCGCAGGCCGGUGGAUUCGUUGCAAGCAAGUGGUCAUCCCGUCCUUCCAAGGAGUCUGGAAGUGACAUUCCGAAGGAUGAUUUCAACAAACCUUGA